UUGAACGGUUGUACUUGUCGAUCGAUAGCCACACAAAAUUACAGACUAUAUUAAUAAAAGUGAAACAAGGAGUGUAUCCACUGUACGAGUUGUAUUAUUAUUGUCCCCGGCCACAUUUGUGUUGUGCCAUAUUGCUGUGCUCCAUUGUCUCGGGAAAAGUCUAACAAAAAACCAAGACAAUUGCAAUUGCAACUGCAACAGCACAACAGCAACAUCAACAGCACAGCAGCAACAUCAACUGUGCAACGUGAAGCUUUACCCGCCCGCUAUUUUGGCGGUAUCUUGAGCAAUCGCCUCACAUACGACUUAACUGCUUUAUAGGCCAUGCAAAUUUGAAGCAAUCUCCGGCUUUGGUGUGGCUUGGUUUUCCAUUUUCCAACUGGGAAAAGUCAACCUAAGUAAAAAAAAAACAAAGUUAGAUAAACAAACGAGUGCAACGGCAGCACCAAUUGCAAAUUGUCUGUGGUGGCAGUUGCUAAUAAAAACGGAUUGAUAGUAAUUGUUUCUUAAAGCGAAAUCCAACAAGUCGUUAAAUUACUGUAACGCACGCGGUUUUUGUUGCCUUGCCGAUUCGGUUUCAAGUGCAUGAAAGUAAGUGCGAGUGUUUAGCUAACAAACAAACAAACAUUGCAAAAGGUCAAAACACCACAACUUAUAAAUCAAACCCAAGUAGUGGGACUCAAAGAAAAGGAAUCGUUUCCCGCCGAAAAAAAAUAAUACAAAAUAAUAUUUACCAGCAGCAGACACAGCAGCAAAAUGUUGCCGAGGAUAACUUUUGUGUUCAUCAUCAUUUGUGGAUAUUUAUUAUUUACUGACUGCCAUGAAACGGUUCGCUCCAAGCGUGCCAAACGCCCCCGAGCUCCGGAACCGGUCAACUUUGAGCCGGAACCGCAGCAGGAUCUGGAAAAUGAAGAGAGUGGCAGCCAGGAGAAGGACCUUCCAGAGAUCCCGGAGAAUUUCCUCAGCCCCUCGGUACGGGAGUAUCUUGAGCUGGGUAAAUCCAUUCCUGGUCGUCCCGGCGUUGACUAUCCAAUUCUGUCGGCGGUGCCCUACACCAAUUUCUACUGCGACGAGCAGGAGUAUCCCGGAUUCUUUGCCGACAUGGAGACCAGGUGCCAGGGCUGGCACUACUGCGACAUCGAUGGACGCCAGGCCACGUUCCUCUGCCCAAAUGGCACCCAAUUCUCACAAGCGGUCUUCGUCUGCGACUGGUGGUUCAAUGUGCGCUGCGAUCUCUCACCCCGGCUGUACGCCAUUAACGCCCGACUCUAUCAGCGCCCCAAGGUGAACCCCACUCGGCCCCAUCGCAUCAUCACCAAACAACUGGUCGACGACAUCUUCACCUGAACAAUUUUCCGAGUGAACCUCCUUUCAGUGUAGCUUAAGUUUGCCGAUGCCUAUUAGUAAAUAGAUUAGUUCUGAUAUAAGUUGUUAUCGUUAAGCUGGUACUUUAAAGAGCGUUAAAAAAUGUAAACAAUUGUAAGAAAUAGUUAAAUUUAUAAUCAAUAGUUUAAAAAAAAGAUGGUUCAUUCUAAAAUAAAAUAUAUUGAACCAUUGUUUAGAUGCAAUGCUCUUGUACAGACCCUUUUUAAAAGACUUCACUAUAUUUCCAAUAGUUUCCCAAGAUAGACUUCUGUAAUAAACCUUUAAUAAUUUGAACAAUCAAUGUUUCUCUAACUUCUGCUCUGAUUUCUCAUACAAAUAAUAAUUACUAAGAGAAUUGCUGUUUUUUUUACUCUUAAAACA